AAUUAAAACCAAUUAAAUUCUUUAAUACUAUUUUCAAAAAUACUCGUUAAACUACUUAUCUCAAAAUGGAACACACCAAACCAGAAGCAACAAGUGAAACUACAUCGUGAACGGUGACCCACUUGGAAGUUUAAAACCCCACAAAACAAUCCGUGCUACCCAUAAUCCUUUUUUUCGCAAUGCCCUCCACAUCCUAGGACCCGAACCCAAAAAUGUCGAACGUAAAGAAACCGCUGAGCAACAAAAUCAGCGGCGAUUCGGGCGCCGGAAUCCUACCGCCCAGAUACCAACCGCCCCCCAUGCCCAACGGCCAAGGCAUCCUCAAACACGCUCCCCCGGACCCAUCGAAGAAGCCCCACAAACCCAACGACAACGCCAAGACUCUCGUAUACCCCAACGAACAGACCAAACCCUACAACCAACCGAUAGUAAGAAUGCACCCGUUGCACCAACGCCACCCGCUCGACGAGGCGAAAGCCGCCCAACUGCAGUUUCCACCGACGAGGCCCGAAGAACCGGCCGUUCCGCAGAUCCACCUCGACCUCAGGCAGCGCCAACCGGACGAUUUCCAGCGCUCCGAUAUGUUCAAAUUCCCAAGGAAACCCGACGACCAGCGAUUCGUCGAUCCCAACCGGCAAUUCCAGGCCGUACUGUUGGAACUGCGCUCCGUCAAAGAAGCCAACCAGCAUCUGGCCGAUGACAAUCAGGAACUGAGAGAUUUGUGUUGCUUUUUAGACGACGAUAGACAGAAAGGUAGGAAAUUGGCGAGGGAAUGGCAACGGUUCGGCCGUUACACGGCCAGCGUGAUGCGCCAAGAGGUGUCGGCCUAUCAAAGUAAGCUGCGCGAAUUGGACGACAAGCAACAGGAAUUGAUCAAAGACAACUUGGAAUUGAAGGAGUUGUGUUUGUAUUUGGACGAGGAGCGAGGCAACGGAGCCGUGUGUCCGAAUUGCGGUACUAACACGACCGGUGGGAACCUACGAGACGAUGGAGACGGAUCGAGUUCGAGCACGAACGCCGACGAACCGGCGGUACCGCAACAAUUCAACGGUACCAAUCCACAAAGGAGAUCGGAGAGCAGGGAGAGGAUGUUGCACGAGAGCUUGGCUAGGCAACGGAACACUUUCAACGAUCAAAUAAUGCAGUACGUGCGAAGCUUGGAGCAGCGCGUGAAGCAACUGGAAGACGACAAGAGGGCGCUGACGCACAAAAUCAAUCAGAUAGCAGCACAAACCGGCGAUGCUAGUUUGGCGGCGCCUCAGGAGGCGGGGGCGGGCGCGUUGACGGGCCGACCGGAGGCGGUGGUUAGGGCGCUUCAAGUGUUGGAGGUGCGCGAGCAACUGGAACGGGAGAGUCACGAGUUGUGCGGCGAGAAUAUGUCGGAUGCCCUAUCGCAGGAUAUGGACGAAGGGGAGAAGGCGCUCGUGAGGGAAAUGUGCAACGUCGUUUGGAGGAAAUUGGAGGAUCCCGCUUCGACGAGGAGAUGA